AUGAACACCACAACAUGUGUGUCAGCCAGCUGUGUCUUCGCCCCACGGGACCAUCCAGGCGACAUCUUGUCUUACAAGGUCUACCUGACUGUGCUGUUUGUCUUACAAUGUGUCAUCGAACCUGUGGUUGUUGUGGUGGGCGUGCCGUCCAACAUCAUCAGCUGUGUGGUGUUCUGGCGCCAGGGACUCGGGGACCGCAUGAACGUGUGUCUGUUGGCGCUGUCGCUGGUGGACCUGUGUCUCCUGCUGGUGUCCAUGGUGUUCAGUGUUGUCUACUACCUGGGGCAAGUCGACCCUGUCAAAUAUGGAGGUCUCUAUGACCUACUCUUGGCUUCCUUCACUGGAGUCUGUCUGGGAUUUCGAAGUGCUUCAGGGUGCAUCACCAUGGUGAUAGCAAUUGAACGAUGCUUAUGUGUGCUCUUCCCGUUGAAGGCGGCCUCCUUAAUUAGUAGUUUUAACAUGGCGGUGAUUAUGGUUUGUAUUGUUUGUCUGAACCAUUUGGCGUUUUUGGUCGUGCCUGCAAAAUUUAAAGUAGUCAGAGUAAACAACAGCUCCUCAGAAACUGCCAUUUCUCUGUCUGAUUUCUACAUCAACGCCGGAUUAUUUGUCGAUAUUCUGGAAAACAUAGUUAUGAUGAGUGUGUUGCCGCUGACAACGUUUGUAGUCACGUGUCUGUCUACCUGUCUGACCGUGGUCAAGCUGAGAGCAGCCAUGACCUGGAGAGGUCAGACGAGCUCCAGCAAUGAGAAAGGUCAAGGGCGGCACACGACACUGACCAAGAUGCUCGUAAUUGUGUCUUGUGUCUACAUCCUGACCACCAUACCCUGGGUUGUCUUUUUUGUCGCCAUGCUGGUGGUAGACGGUUUCUCGUCCAGGGGACGCUACUAUAAUUUUUACUGGGCGUCAGCACAAAUCGCCAUUUAUCUGUCUUACAUGAACUGCUCGCUAGGUUUUUAUGUCUACUUCAACAGGUCGACCCGCUUCAGACGAGAUGUGUUUACCUUAUUUGGAUGCUAG